AUGUUUAUUUUAAUCCUUUUUGGUUAUAAACAAUAUAAGGUUUUUACCAUAGAUGUGUUGGGCAGUACACUAUUAGAUUGUAUAUGGACUCAAGCCAUUAAGGAAAUAACUAAAGUAAAUUUGAUCUAGGAUUUUGAAAAUAGCUACUUACAACCAAAGAAGAACAACAUCAGAAAGAUUAAAAAACUGCUUAAUAAAAGAUAACAUCAAAUGAGAAAAGAAUCACUGCAAUCAAUUAACACUUACAGGAAGAAGGUUUAUUGGAGGCACCGACUGGAAAAAAAGUUACAAUAAGCAUAAUUAUAUUUAGGAUGAUAAAAAAGGAGCUAAGCCACCUCCUCAAAAGAAAGGCAAAGACGCUCCUCCAAGCAAUCCUUUGGAAGCAGAAAAACUGGAAUUGCAAAAAGAUACUGAGAAAUAAUCAGAGUAUGUCACCAAGUACACUGAUAAAUUGAACAAGAUUAAGGUGGUAUUGGAUAAAUUCAAAGAUCUAAAUGAGAAAUAUCAUAACGAUUAAUUAGUGAUUGAAUUGUGUGAUAAAACUGGGGAACGUAAAUUUGUGAAGACCAAAUUAGACGGAAUUGCAAAUACAUUUUUAAGUGAUAAAGGCACUUACAUUCUGGCUUAUUUGUAAGCUCCUGCUACACGUAUUACUAAUGUAUAGAGAAAUAGCUGAUGAGGAAGAGUAGUUAAUGGCAUUAGAAUUUGAGGGUUAUUUGGCAAGAACUGUUGAUGAGGAUAUUGGAGCAGUUGAAGAACCACUAUUAUAAUUAUAACCAAAAAAGGACGAUAAGAAGAAGAAAGGAAAGAAAUGA